UCUCCUGCUCAGCACCUUAGCAGACAAAGGCGCGAGCCUGCAGGUUUCCAAUCUCAAUAUGGAGCCAGAAGCCGGCAGAUUGACAUGGCUGUGGACCACGUUCAAACACUACGUGAGGGCGUCAUGGGUACGCUAUAAGAAACUGCCCAUCGGUGGCAAGAUGUUAGUUUGGUCCCUCGGAAUAUUCUAUGCUGCCCUUGGAACCUUCCUGAUUCUUGGAGGGGCUGAACGCCUCGCUCAAGCAUUGUACAAUUUUGGCCAGAAGAUCAACCAUUUACGCUUUGGCUGGAUGAUUCUUGCGGCUAUACUAGUCAUCAUCUCGGUCCCACCGUUCAUUGGCCAUACCACCACUUUGAUGUUAUGCGGGUUCUGUUAUGGGAUGAAGGGGGGUUUCUUCCUGGCAGCCGGAGGCUCAAUCUUCGGCGCAGCCAUGGCGUUUGUGGUUCUCAGACUGCUCUUCAACAAGAGUCUUCGUAAAUGGUCUUCACAGAACGAGAAGUGGCAGGCUCUCGAAGCUGUUAUCCGGGCUCGUGGCCUACCGCUCAUCAUGCUCAUCCGAGCGUCUCCGUUUCCGCCUUGGGUGUAUGCGAAUGCCCUUUUUGCUUCAAUCGAAACGGUGGCACUUUGGCAAUUCGUCGUUGCCUCGGUUGUUUUGCUCCCCAAGAUAUCUCUGUACGUCUUCAUUGGCACUAGACUGGCCGUGCUCUCGGACGGAACGACGCGGAAACAGAUGGACACUCUGACGAAAGUUCUAAACGGAGUCUUAGUUGGCGUUAGCUUCUCUGUUGCCAUUAUCGCCGGAUUAAUCAUUUUCCGGUCGAUGAAAGCGCAUAUAAGGCACUUGGAAGGCAUACCCCCCGAAGUUGACGAACUUGCAGCUGAGGCUCUCGAAGAGGCGAGUGAAGGCGCACCCCUCCUCGGCAACCGCGCUUCGCCUUCCUCUCCUACGGACGAGGAGUCAAACACUACUGUACGACCCGGCCGCGCUUACUCUUCUGCCGCUUGAGCGUCCCAAGUUUCCAUUACGCGGAAGACUGUCUAUUCAUCUAAUUGUGUCAUAGCUCUGGACGAAAUAGCUGUAUGGUAUAAUAGAAUGAGUACCGCCAUGUUAUCAC